AUGGAACCGUAUUUCGCGCGACGCGUAAACGCGGGGACGACGCCGUCUGGAGAGAAUACGACGAAUACUACUACGAAGAGUAAUAAUACGAAUACCGAAAAAGACGACGCGGGAGAAGAGGAGGAGGAGGAAACGCGGCUGGCGGAUGCGGUUGAUGACGCGAAGGAGGUGAAGAAGAGUUCUCCGCCUCCAGAAGAAGAUCAGCUUUUUUUGCAGGGUUCGAGAGAAACGACGACUUUAGCGGGCGAAGAAGGGAAGACGAUGACGACGAUGACGACGACGGAGGAGGAGAUUGCAGAGCCCGUGGACGUAAUCGUCGUCGGCGAAAAAGAAGUUCCGGCGAAACUACCGACUUCGUCGCCGUCGCCGUCGUCAAAGGGGGGGGCUGCUGUGGAGGAGGAGUCCGUCGUUCCGAAACUCCCCUUUCCCGUGUUAAUCGCGAGUGCUGCCACGACAACGACGACGACCGAUAAUAAUACGGGCGGCGAGAACGGCGUCACCACGUCGGCGGCAACGACGUCAGAAGGAGGCUUAAAUGAAGAAGAGGAUGUGAACUUGGCCGUAUUUACGAAACGAGGCUUGAAAAGGCAACGAAAAUACACGGAUGUGGACGAGAACGGCUUGACGAAAAACGGAAAGAGGAAAGGCAGGCCGGCGAAGGACGUUACCGGCUUGACCGUCCAAGAGUUGAGAGUUCAAGCGAGAGAAGAUUCGCUCGCAGCCGGAGUAGGUAAUUCUAGGCACCAAACGUGGACGACGGAGGAAGAUGAGCGCUUAUGCGCUUUGGUCGAGCGAUUCGGGUCGAAGAAGUGGUCGUUUCUCGCGCAACUUAUGGUGGAUCGCAAAGGGAAACAGUGUCGCGAUCGGUAUAUUAAUCACCUCGCGCCGAGCAUCAAAAGAGGUGAAUGGACCGUGGAGGAAGAGUACAUGGUGGUCCAAGGUCAUCGCGUGUUAGGGACGAGAUGGGCCGCGCUAGCAAAGGUUGUGCCCGGGAGACCGGAAAACGCGGUGAAAAAUCACUGGCACGCGUGCAGAAGGACGAAAUUUGAAGCGAAAGCGUUGUUGCGACCGCUGUAUCGAUACCAGUUGAUGGAAUUGAAUACGAUAAUUGAACCACCCUCAGAGGAGAGUUUGAAAGAGGCGAAAGAGAAGCUCGGCGAUGAGUAUCCGCCAGACGGACCGGUCGAAACACCGAAGGAAUCUUUCGAGAACGAGACUGAACAAAAGACGUUCGAAAAAAGGUUGGCGAAGUUGGCGUCGAAGAAGCAAGUGAGAGACUACGACCCGGUAGACGACGACACCGAGGAGGAGGAAGAAGAAGAAGAAGAGGUAGAGGACGAAAAAUUAGAUUCAUCGGAGGCGGAGGCGCUCAGGGAGAAGAAAAGACUGGCGAAACUGCUCAAGGAGCAUCAAGAAAAAGAAAAGCGCGAAAAACAAGAGCGCCAGAAGCUCUUGGUCGAACAACAACGCAAACUGAUGCCGAAGAAAACCAGAGCUAAUUCUCGCAAAGCCAAGUCUCUUUCAGGUGCGAUAAAAGAAGUGGACGCCAAAAUGGAAACGAACGCGUUGGUGAACGCGGUAAAGAGCGAAUUGGACAGCCAAGCGGUGGCGACGGAGGCGGCGGAAGGCCUUCUCAAAGGCCUUCCCGGCAACGCGCCCGACGACGAGAAUGAAGAAGAACACGCGGCAAAGAGUAUUUCCCCGGUAAUGAUGGCGCUAGGCCCAGCCCCUCAGAUGCCGAAAGUGAAAGUUCAGGAACUCCCGUUGCCGAAAGUGAAAGUUCCGGAACUCCCGUUGCCGAAAAUUGGCGGAUACAUCAAAUCGACGUGGAAACAACCGGAGCCGUCUUCUUUGAAUCCCAAGUCAAAAGGACGGAGGGCUCAAAAGUAUAAAGACAACGAAAAGAAGAGGAAGGAGGAGAAGAUGAAGAAAGGUACGAUUAAAGAAUCCGAUUCGGAUGGAUACUCUUGGCGCAAAUACGGAGAAAAAGAACUCAAAUCGGGCUCCAGCACCAAAUCGUAUUAUAGGUGCGCGCGUCUCGACUGUCCUGCGAAGAAAACCAUUGAAAGGGGCAUGACUGUGUACACCUACGCGGAGCACACGCACGAUAAACCGAAGGCAUCGUUUAAACCGGAGGCAUCGUUUGAAGACGCCGAGGACAUGAGAAGACACGAACAAGAACUCGAUUUGAUUUUAGCCGCCGCGGAAGAGAUGGAUGGAGGAGCGAGCAUGGAAACAUCGGAAGAAGAGUUCACGAGGGAAGCGGAUCUCGACUACGAGGAGCCAGAAAUUGACGAGGAAACUGAUCCCGUCGUGCUCGAGCGGCGUCGAGCGAAAUGGCUCGAACAACAGAUCUUUGGCGAUGCCAAGAGAACAAAGUUAGCGCCCGCCGAAGCAGCUGCGUUUCAACAGGAUUUUGUCGGAGACCAACAACUGAAACAGAAGAGAAAGUAUACGAGAAAGGGUGAGGGGGUCAAAAAACCGGGUCCUGGUUCCGAGAAAAAGUUCAAAGUGACCAACGCGGAAUAUCAAGGACCGUGCAUGCUUUGCGGUACGAGACUCACGCCGUGCUGGAGAAGCGUCGGAAAUUUAAAGUUGUGCAACGCGUGCGGUAUUCGCAUUUACCGCGAUUACGCGGUAGAGAAGGAGGAAGCUACCGCGCUCUUGGAACUUGCACAAGGCUUAGGUGCUGCAAAAAGCAAGCAAGAAGCUGUCCGCACGGUGAACAGGAGACUCCCGGGGAGGUGUAAGACCGAUCAGCAAGACCUCGAGAGAUUUGCUUUGAGCAAGUAUCCGAAGUUACAAUUAGUGCUAACGACUAAUCUAGAAACGAUCGGGAUCGACUUGCCGGCGAAAAUGAAGGUUCACAAAGUGAAAGCGCAACCGCGAAAAAACUUCCAAGCGCCGAUUGCAUCGAGAGUGCCGACGAAGAAGCGCACGAUGAUCAACUACAGGAAGCGCGUUAUUACGCUCGACGAGAUUGUAAACAACGACGACGACGACGUUGCGGAGGCGGCCGCAAUGCUUCAACUACAACAGCAGCGAGGUACGCGUGCCGAUCAGAGCAACAACUAUCUCUUCUAUCUUCCGAUCAAAAAGCGCAGAGACGCUCGGAUGAACGAGAACGGCACGUUAACCGCGAUUGACACCGUCUCCGGCGAAGACGUUCCAGAGUACAUGGAUGUCAUGCAAAAAUCUGGCGGUACCGUGCGAAACCCGCUAAGUUUAUUGGCGUCGUCGGUUUCUUUACGACUGGACGAUAUUGAUGAGCCGGAAUCGGUGACGCCGCCGGCGACGACCGAAGUACUUGCGUUGCCGACAACGUCGGCGACUACUACCGUCGUCACCGCCGCUGCGGCGGAAAAAUCCAACAACGACGUCACUACGCCGUACGCAGCGCAAGGCGAGGCGACAACAAUAGCAGCAACGACGACUGAAAUGACGACAGUUGACCCACAAUUAAGUUCGAUUGAAAACAAAGAGCAAAAAGGAACGACCGUCGUCACCCCGGCCAAGCGAGAGCAACCGCACGCCGGACCAAGAGCGGCGCCCAAAAAACGCACUGCGAUUGAAGAUUUUAUCGAAGUCACGGAGUGGCCGUUGGAUACCAAUCGAUGCAUCAACGCCGCCCGAUCUAGAAACACUUCUUUAGAAGUCGCCUCGCUGACGACCAAAGCCGCUUGCGACGGGCCAAUUCAACUGAGGGGCCCGAACGUUUCCAUCUCUCGGGACAAAUUGGUCGCCGGAUUGAAACGCAUCGCAUCGAACGCGCGCGAAAAAAUCGCCAAGCAAAGAAUGAAACGCGCGGGCACUGAUCCAGAGAGCUUCCAAUCUAAUCCUUUAAAUCGCUCAAACGGACGGUGUGCAAUCUCCAUUCGCCAAAAUUCGUGCAAAAAAGGUGAUUUGCAGAUGAUCAUCGUCUGCUCUUCGGAAAAUUUCCGCGACGCCAUCAGUUGCGCGGAAGAUUGCGCGGUGCAAAUAAAAGAAGAUUUUGAUUUUGAGAGCGUCAUCGACGCGCCCUAA